AUGACAACAUCAAAUAUUAUUAAUUUACAAAUGAAUAAUAACAAUAAUUCUAAAAUUCAAUCAGAAAAUAUUCAAGAUAAUAAACAAGAAUAUUCUAAUAAUAUUACUUCGUCAAUGAUUGCUCGUCUCGAAUUUCCGAAUCAUCAACAACAACAACAACAACAAUCUAAUGAUGAUAAAUUACAAUUAAAAAAUUCUUGGGGUACCUAUUUUUACAAGGCUGAUAAACAACGCGAUUGGAAACAGAAUGUUAUCUAUAUAACAUCUAUUAGUUAUAUUGAAGAUUUUUGGUCAUUUUAUACUCAUACAUAUGGUCUACGAGAUCUAUCAAAUGGAUCCGAUUAUAUGCUUUUCAAAAAGAAAAGGUGGGAAGAUGUAUCAUCACGCGGUGGUGGUAAAUGGAUAUUUACAGUUGAUCCAAAACGACGUAAACAUGAUCUUGAUAAUUAUUGGCUUCAUUUGCAUAUGCGUUAUAAUCUUCAGAUGUUACUUCUUAUUGGCGAUAUGUUCGGUACUAAUUUGAGUACAUAUAUCAAUGGUGCUGUUGUUUCAUUACGUGUCAAAGGUGAUCGAUUAGCAUUAUGGUUAAAAAAGAUUGAUGAUUUAAAUUUAAUUAAAUCAAUUGGAAUUAAAUUUAAAGAUCUACUUAAUAUUUCAUCUAAUAUUCAACUCAUUUAUGAAUAUCAUGAACCAAAAUUCGAUGACUAUAGUAAUGAGAUUCGUCUUAUUAUUUAA